AUGAAGCCGCGAUUAAGGCAUUUCCUCCUUGGUUGUGCGUUAUUUUUAAUUCUAGGUGAAAUCUCUGCUAGGCCGAGGGAAGAGCGAUCUCCUAAUUUAAGAAAGACGAAGACAAAGACUCAACAAUAUGGAGACAAAAAGAAACAAACAAAACCAUCUUCACGCUACACUUCAAAAGAUCAACAACAUGGCGUUCGAAGUACCAGUCGGCGGUUGAAGAAACCGCCAUCGUUUUCACCCAUGAAAGAUUACAACAAAGAACGCAAAAGACAGUAUAUAAUGCAUCCAAUGCAUCCAUUUGUUCAUCCAUAUAUGUUUAUGCGCCCGCCACCGAUGACCCAAAGAACCAUUGUGACAACGCGCAUUCCACGGCCUCCAAUGGCCGUACCAUAUAAUCCGUUUUUUCCUCGCAGUUUCUUCGGUGGAAUGCACCAUCAUGGCUCGCCAUUUUCGUUUUAUGACCCAAUGAAAAUGUAUGGAGAUGAAAUAGACGAAGAUGAGGAAGGUUAGAUUAUAUAUUUAUUGUUUUCAUCUGAUUUUUUGGUCGAUUUCGCUUGACAAGUUAUGAAUUGAGUAACCUGCUCAAGGUGACCGUUGAAAUUGUUCUAAUUCGCUCAUCGAUAGCCGACAAGUUUCGCCGAGGGAAAGCGAUACACAGAAAAGGAAAAAAAGGUCAAUCAACUAGCGCUUAAAUAUAAGGAGAGCCAUAAAAAAAAAGUCAGCUCAGCCUUUGAUGUCUUGGUAAAGAGCUAUGAUAGGCUGUCUCCUUCCUUGGUUGCAGCAAAGCAAAUGGCUCUAUUUAUUGCUAUUAAGCAAUUCAAUGGCUACUUAAUGUUGUUUACAUAAACUAGGAAAAACAUAUUUUAAUACGCAAUGAAAGUAACUUCCAGACACCCGAAGGGUCCUUUGCUGCCAGGGAUAAUUUGUCAUUAAUUGAAAUUGGUAGUAAUGGAAAGUUAAUUUUGGUUUUCACGUUUUCAUAGCAGGAAAACGAAUUCAGAAAAGUCUUACAAAUUAUAAACUCUGAUUUGAAGUAGAAUGUUUCGAAAUUUUUAGAACUCCCAGAAUGAAAUCGCUUGCGCGACGGCCCUAUUAAACUAUAAACUCGUUAACAAAUUUUACCUGUUUAGUUGUCUCUGCACCAAGAUGUUGUGGAAACAGUUCUUUAAAAAAUGUUACACAAAAGAGUGCUAUUAAUUCAAUGGCGUUUAGACAUUUAACUGAAUUGCAUCCNUUUGGUCGAUUUCGCUUGACAAGUUAUGAAUUGAGUAACCUGCUCAAGGUGACCGUUGAAAUUGUUCUAAUUCGCUCAUCGAUAGCCGACAAGUUUCGCCGAGGGAAAGCGAUACACAGAAAAGGAAAAAAAGGUCAAUCAACUAGCGCUUAAAUAUAAGGAGAGCCAUAAAAAAAAAGUCAGCUCAGCCUUUGAUGUCUUGGUAAAGAGCUAUGAUAGGCUGUCUCCUUCCUUGGUUGCAGCAAAGCAAAUGGCUCUAUUUAUUGCUAUUAAGCAAUUCAAUGGCUACUUAAUGUUGUUUACAUAAACUAGGAAAAACAUAUUUUAAUACGCAAUGAAAGUAACUUCCAGACACCCGAAGGGUCCUUUGCUGCCAGGGAUAAUUUGUCAUUAAUUGAAAUUGGUAGUAAUGGAAAGUUAAUUUUGGUUUUCACGUUUUCAUAGCAGGAAAACGAAUUCAGAAAAGUCUUACAAAUUAUAAACUCUGAUUUGAAGUAGAAUGUUUCGAAAUUUUUAGAACUCCCAGAAUGAAAUCGCUUGCGCGACGGCCCUAUUAAACUAUAAACUCGUUAACAAAUUUUACCUGUUUAGUUGUCUCUGCACCAAGAUGUUGUGGAAACAGUUCUUUAAAAAAUGUUACACAAAAGAGUGCUAUUAAUUCAAUGGCGUUUAGACAUUUAACUGAAUUGCAUCCGGUCUCGAACCACGAAUAAUGAUAAAAAUUUAUGUUCCUGGUAUGAACCAAUUACAAAAACAGAUUGACUGAAGACUUUAAUAAAUUUUGGAUGAAAAUCAUUUCAUUACCUGACGCAAAUUCGUCCCCGCCGCAGAGCGUCAUUGCAGUCCCAAUCCAUGCCAAAACGGAGCAACUUGUAAUGAAGUCAAAGAUGGAUAUGAAUGCAUGUGCGCACCUGGAUACAAGGGAACUGAUUGUGAUGGUAUGUAUAUUUCCCGAGCGGAGGGUAUAUGGUUGAAGUUUACAAAGGUUAAAAGAUUGUUUAUCUAGCUAGUUUUCAGACCCUCCACUCAGAUAAUUAGAAACAAAUAAUUCAGGUAGGACGUGACAGGAUUAAAAAUCCCAACUGGCAGGAGGAAACUAGUUGGCUAUUUACAAUCGUGGCCAAGUAUUUGAACUCGGGACAAGCGAGAACGAAUCCAGGAAGUUGCUGGAGCGGGACUCGAACCGGGAAACGCCGGAUAGCGAGUCCGACGCGCUUACCACUAGGCCACUUUGCUUCCUCCUGCCUCCAAUAUGCACAUAAUAGC